AUGCCUCAUUCUUUGCUGCUGCUCGCAGCGCAGCAGCAGCAGCAGCAGCAGCAGCCGGAGCUGAAGCAGAGCAAACAGCCGCGACGCCAGCAGCAGCAGCAGCAGCAGCAGCAGCAGCAGCGGCAGCAGCAGCAAAGUUGGCUGCAGCUGCAGGACUGGCAGCAGCUGCAGGCGCUGAAGCUGCUUUCUAGUGAGGAGUGUGUGCUGCUGCAGCAGCAGCAGCAGCAAAAGCAGAAGCAGCAGCUGCUGCAGAAGCCCCAGGCACAACAGAAACAGCAGCAGCAGCAGCAACAGCAACAGUCGAAGCAGAAGCAGCUCGGGCCACCCCCAGUGCUGCUGCUGCAGCUGCAGGACCGCCUGCAGCAGGAGCUGCGCAUCUGCGUGGCGUUGCCUAUUGUGGUUCCCUCUGCGAAGCCGAGCAGCAGCAACGGCAGCAGCAGCAGCAAGCAGCAGCAGCAGCAGGAUGGGGAGGAGCUGCGCUGCCACCUGGCCAGGCCUGAUGUGGCGUUCAGGGUGCUGCCAGAGAGCAGCGGCCUGCGCGUGUGCUCUCUGCUGCUGCCCCCCCAGAACUAUGCCUCAUUCUUUGCUGCUGCUCGCAGCGCAGCAGCAGCAGCAGCAGCAGCAGCCGGAGCUGAAGCAGAGCAAACAGCCGCGACGCCAGCAGCAGCAGCAGCAGCAGCAGCAGCAGCGACAGACGAUGAGGAGGACCUGUACUUCUUCCUGCGGGUGAUUCCCCAGAUCCCAGAGGAGGUGCAAACCAACAGCAGCAGCAGCAGCAGCAGCAGCAGCAAGUGCAACAAAAGCAGCCUGCUGGCCGGCCACCUCGCGCCCCUCUCCAGCCACAUUGUUUGCGCCCGCCUCUCGCGGCAGCUGCUGGAGAAGAUUUCUUUGAAGUUGCAUGCAGCAAAGCCUGAGGAGGAAGAAACCAAAAAGGUUUACGACCUCAACUGCCCCUAUAUCUUCCUCUCAAACCCUCAAGUCCACGGGCAGCACUCUGCAUUCUUCUGCAGCGGAUUGCCCCUGUGGCUACAUGUGCACCACGCAGUGUCGGCCCCCCGGCAGCUCUGGGUUCGCUACAUGCCAAACAUUAGAGAACUGUUUGCUGCUGAUGCUCGCGGGGAGUGCCUGUACCCCGCAGCAGCAGACACUGCUGCUGCUGCUGCUGCUGCUGCUGCUGCGGACCCUGCUGCUUUGGCUGACCUCCGCUACACACUCGAAGCUGCAGCAGACUACACUCUUGAGCAGCUGCAGCAGCAGCAGCCGCUGCAGCAGCGGCAGCUGCAGCACCAGCAGCAGCUACUGGACUCUGUCCGCACUGGCCUGCGCAAGGCUUUCUACUACUACCCCCACGCCACCGGCUGCGGGCAGGUGGUUUUCGAAAGCCAACACCAGCAAACAGUGUUUGCUCGGGUCUUGUCGCAGCUGCUGCUGCCUUCUUUCUUUUCUUUCCCGCAGCAGCAGCACCGCCUGCUGGGGGCCUGCUACAAGCCUGACCCCAGCGUGCACGGGCCGCCACCUUACCGCGGGGUGGUGUCUUGCUACGGGGGCCCUCUGAUGCAGUUCGUCACCAACUCGUGGGAGCUGCACACAGAUCCCAGGGCCCAGGCCCUAGCGAGGCUCGGCUUGCUGGUGAUAAAGACUGACAACCGCGGCAGCGACGGCCGCACAACAGCUUUUGAAAAGUCCAUUUGUUUGCUGCUGGGCCACAAGGAAGCAGCAGACCAAGCAGAAGCAUGUCGCUACCUCGAGAAGCAGGGCCUCCUCAAGCUCAGCAGCAGCAGCAGCAGCAGCAGCAGCAGCAGCAGCAGCGAGGGCGAGCUGGCCAGCGGCGUGGGCAUAUAUGGAAUCAGCUACGGCGGCUUCCUUUCUUGCAUGGCCCAUUUAUUAUACCCCGAGUUGUUUUCCGCGGCUUUCUGCGUAGCCCCAGUCACCUUCUGGGAGGGGUACUCGACCCACUACACUGAGCGUUACUUGUCUUUGCCUUAUCUAAACCCUAGCGGCUAUUUAUAUUCUUCAGUGCUGCCUUUUGUGAGCCCCAAAAGAAAAGAAGCUGAGGGCCGACUGCUGCUGAUGCAUGGAGCAGCAGAUGAAAACGUGCUGCUGCAGCACUCCCUCGUGCUCGCCGACGCCCUCAUUAGGCAGCAGGCGGCGUUUGAGUUGGUGUGUUUGCCUUCUUCUCGCCACGGGCCGUCUUCGCCCCACGAGGCCUCGCUGAUGCGUCGGCGUUUAAUUCGUUUUUUCGCAGAGUCCUUUUUGCCGUAUUGCAAAAGGCCUUGUGCAGAUUCCUCUUGA